AUGAAGAUGAAUCCAGAUGCAGAUCUGAUGAGGUGGAAUGGAAGAUUCCUUCGUCACAGCAAAUUCGAAUUUGAAGAUAACGAAGACUUGAAAUUGCCUGAAGUGGGCUCUGAAUUUAACGAGUCAAACGAAUCUCAUGAUGAAGAGGACCACGCGAAUGAGGAGAGUGUUCUUCUAGGUCAAAGACGAGAUCUCGAAGAGCACGAGUUCACAAUUCACGACGAGAUUCCCCGAGACGUCAAGAUUGAACUGUUCUGGACCUACGAGACCAGCUCUCGCCCGUCAGUCAUGACAAAACUGAUCGUCGAACGCACUUACGAAGGGGUUGUCAUCGCCCACGCUUUAUCCCGAUAUGUCAAUCGCGAAGCUUUUCGCUCGCUAUUCUGGGAUGAGCUGAAAGAAUGCAGCCACACGGGCCAGAUCGCUUUCCAGAUGUUUGACAGAUACGGAUCCCUUCGGGCAGACUUCAAACAUCACCGGGUACAGCGAGGGACCGGAGUAUGGGGAGACGAGCUUGACCGCGGCCCUCUCCUUGUCAUCGAAAGACUAGAAAUUGCAGAUCCCAACUUCCGCCGGAAAGGGCUGGGGGAUGAGAUUGUUUCUCUGUUACUCGAGAAAGCUCACACUUUCUGCUUGGGAGAGAAGCCGGUCAGACCAAAAUACGCCGGCACCGCUCUUUUGAUUCCCACACUAGAGGAACGAUGGAUUCUGCAUGCUCUAGUCAGUUCCAGAGUAAGCCCCACCGACAUCGGACUACAGCUGGUUGGCAAGUGCACAAAGGAACGUUUGACGAUCGGGGGUCAACUUCAAUUUGGCAUCAUAGAGUUUUUCCGUUCCUGUGGGUUUCGCCGCAUCGGGGCCUCUCAAUGCUUUGCAUUAUCUUUCGACGUCCAGCAUCGGAGUCGGGCCAUUGCGUCAAUAUCCGAUUUCGACCCACGAGAAAAUUUUGCUGAGGAGCUGGAGAACGAAAGACUGGCCAUGACCGGUGAGCGAGAUGUUUUGAUACAAGCACAGCAGCAAAGGAUGGAAAGACUUCGUCAUGCUCUUCCACUGCAUCAUGCGGCCAUUACACUGAAUGAUGAAGAGCUUGAGGACUUCUUUGCUAGCUGUGCCGACAACGAAGUUGACUGGGACCAAGUCACAAACACCGAGACUACGCUACUACAUCUGACAGUAUGCAACUUGAAGCCUCUGAGCACAUCAUGGUUGCUCGAGAAUGUUCUCUGUGCCGAUCGUUGGAAGGCGGCUCGCGAUAUCGACGGAUACACCCCAUGGGAAGCGCUUCAGAAGACCCUGGAGACGAUGCGCACGCAGAAACGGCGUGGCUCUUUAGUUGUGGAGCAUAUAUCAAACAACUUUGAGGGAUAUCCCGACGGUGCUAUUUCCUGUCUACGGUUGCUGUCCGAACCGGAAACCUCAAGAAUGAGCCAGGAAUCUCUACGAUUCGGCUGUACUUGCGGACGCUGCGUCCGGGGAUUUUUGUCGGCGCGAAUGAGGUCAUCCUUGAUCCAAGAGGGCAACAUUUGGAUCGAUGUGUUCCGGGAAGACAUCGAAAACGGAGAUGCGUGGAUCACACGCAAUGGUAUGACCCUCCGCACCAUUCAUGACAGAUUGGAGGACGACAUGGGGAACAAUUACUCCCUGCAGAGAGAAUUUGUGAACACUCUCCAAGAUGUCGUGGAAGUCCUGCAACGGAACAUGGUCCCAACCGCAGAGAACAUUGAGCGGCUCUGUGACGAACGGAGUGACUGGUCGCCAGAUACUGAGAGAUUUCUCGUAAAUUUCGGCAAACCGAUGGCCUACUGGGCGGUAGUCCGUCUGAUUUGUGAGGAGGCCAAGGUCUCUGAUAGGAGCGUGGGCAGGGGAACUUUACACUCCGUCUUGGACAGGGAAUGGAUGGAGCUGCCAGCUUACAGAAAUGACCAUGAAUUCGAAUUUGUGGCACACUCCUGCGGCUUUGGCUUUUAUCCACUUCCAUGA